AACGAACUGACGAAAUUUUGAAGGACCGACUGGCAAUGUAUACUGGAGGUUUUUACUAUGAUUGCACCUUCAGCGUGGGCAAGAACGAAAAUAAAAAGCUGUUCAAGUGCCACAAAAUAAUUCUUGCCGAAGCUAGUGAUGCCAUUGCUAACAUUCUUUUCAAAAACUUUGCUGAAGGGCAAAACGGAAAAGAUGAUCCUAUUGUUAUUGACAAUAACCUCCUGCCUGAAACAUUUGACUUGGCCAUGAGACAUAUUUACGGCAAUGUUGUUGAGUUUACGACUACCACGCAGGCUUGCGAAAUGUACAAAUUCGCGCAUAAAUGGAUGUUAAAGUACUUGAAGGAAGAUGCUGUGAGUGCGUUGAGGAAAACCAAGGCGGACGAGAUUCUAUUGGUCUAUGAAAUGCACAAGAGUUUAGGGGACAAAGAGGAGCAAAAGUUCUAUCUACAGAGGAUCAUGUCGGAAACAAGUGAGGUCCUGAGCUCUCCCACCUGGAUCAAAGCAUCUCCGUCAACUGUGCUUGAAAUCUAUGAAAAACCAUCGCUCGCUGUGGUUUCCGAGAAGGAUCUCUUUGAACCUCUGAUCAAGUGGGGUACUGCUUAUUCGGAGGCUACCGGCUCAGAGUUGCGAUCCACGAUUGACGGCGCCUUAAAGCACAUUCGUUUCUUGACAAUGUUUUGCCCCGACUUUGCAGAACUAUGCGCCGAAAAGGCCAAUGUUUUCAGCGCUGAGGAAAAGUUCAAGAUCAUGUUGAGUCUUGAACUAGGAAAUUCCAAGUACAUGCCGCCCGGAUUCUCAACAAUUGAUCAAUGGCGUAUGAUUCAGAAUUACUUCCAAUUGCAAUUUGAUCGUAUUUCCCGCGUUAAAGUCACCGAGACAAUUGUAAACUGCAAGUCCCCAACGUCUGGCUUCGAAUUUUCAGUAAAAGGGAAAGGUAAAAUUUUCUUGACUCACGUCGAUUUGAUGUCUCUGCUCCACAAAAACAACCACGGAAAAGAAGUUGAAUUUAUUUGCCUUUUGAGCACUGAUAGCUUUGAUAAGAUUUUGAAUGUAUUUAAAUAUAAGGGCAUACUUAACGCAUACGAACCAGAUGUCAAAUUCGAGUCACCUGUACUUCUUCAGACAAACACUUGGUACAAAAUAACUGUUCAAUAUCUACAUAGAAAUGAUUUGACAACUAAACAGUUUAACUACAAAUCUAGUCCCCGUUCAUGGAAAUGGGAUUCGGCGGGCGCGGAAGUGCGUGUGAGGCUACCCUUAAGCCACGUCGACAUUGUCUGCAUUCAAUUGUUUCAUGCACCACCCUCUUACUGA